AUGUUCAAUUUUAAGUGUAUAGCUAUAAUUCUCACCCCAACACAAAACUCUCUUGAAUCGAGAAAAAAAAGGGUUAUUAUAAUAGAAUACAUGGCAUUAAACGUGUCAAAAUACUACUUGGGAUUGAGAGUGCACAUUUGGAAACGUAAAUCAUAUAUAUUUAAGACCCGUAAUAUACAGUGGUCUGCAUGUAGAAUAUUCGCAUGGCCAGGAUAUAAGAUCACCAAUACAAUAUCCCAUAAAAAAUCUAAGCUCAUACCCGAUUUCAUGAUUUACAAACAUUCAUUCACACCCACAUUAAUACCAUAA